CAUUAAACCAGUGGUGCGAAACUAAAAGGGAAAAAGCUUUUGUUAACCUCCCUAAAGACAAGGAAUAUCAUUGAAACCCAUUUGAAAUAUUUUCUAUUUCGCACGCACAGGGAAGCCCAAUAGCGAGCGGAGGGAGGAGGAGGAGGAAGGCCUCGAGAUCCUGUCAGAUCGGAGCGGAACUGGAAGCGAAAAUUUCACAUUAUUGACUGAUUCUGCGUUAUGGGGAGGGAAGUUACAGGCAUACAUGUUGUGGACAGGAGGACGAAUGCUGUCCCAGCGGCCUCAAACGGUAGGCCUAAUGAUAAAGUACACAUUUCUCCCAAACUUGCGGCAGUUAAGGUUGAUUCAAAGGAUCACGAGGCAGAGGAAAGUACUGGAGCUAAUUCUCUUGUUGAGAAAAGUCAUGUAAAGAAUAAUGUUUUGGGUACUAAAAGCACAAACCAUGAUGGUGUCUUGCCUAAGGAGAAGAAUGAGAAAAACGAAAUACAGGGUAUCAAAAUGUUAAGUUCGCCUGCUACUAGAUCCACUUCUGUGGGAGAAGAUAAUACAAAACACUCUGAUUCACAGUUAUCUGAUCUGGCUGAUGAGAAGCAUGACUCGAACUCACGGUCUGUUGAAACUCUUGGUGUUUUGUCACCAAAUGCUGACAAUAUUCAUUCCCCCAGCUCAACAAAGAAUUCACAGCCUACUUCACCCCUUGCAUCAAGAAAGCUCUUGCAAUUUGAAGAUAAUAAGCACCGUGAUGAUGAGGAUGAUUGGUCUGUAGCUUCCUCUGCUACAUCUGGGCGCACUGCCAGAGCUAAGGUAACUGUGGGCACAGCCCCUACAUUUAGAUGCUCAGAACGGGCGGAGAAACGGAAGGAGUUCUAUACGAAGUUAGAGGAGAAACAUCGAGCUCUUGAAGAAGAAAGAGGCCAAUAUGAAGCAAGGCAGAGGGAAGAGAGAGAAGCAGCCCUCAAGCAAUUGAGAAAGUCCCUGGUGAUUAAAGCAAAUCCAGUACCAAGUUUCUACUAUGAGGGGCCUCCACCGAAAACUGAACUGAAAAAGCCGCCGCUGACUCGACCCAUAUCACCAAAGCUAAGCAGGAGGAAGAGUUGUGGUGAUGCUGUUACCUCAUCUCCGGAAGUUUGUACUCGUGCACAGCGUCACAGCAUUGGCAACUUUAAACAGGGAUGCAAUAGCACUCCUGUCACUAGGAAAGGCAAGGAGCAGGUCAUUGGACGUAACAGCAUUGGCAGUUGCAAAACCAAGGAACGACCAAAACUGGACAAGGAAACGAAAGCUGCUACUCCUAAAAUCUCGGACCAGACGAAUGCGGAUAUAUCUGUCCUGUCAUGAGCUUCCAUCAAGUCUUAUACUGACCUUCAGUUGAGAGGAAAGUAGCCUUCAUGUGGGAUUGUUUGCAAAAGAGAUGAACCUAUUUUCUUUUCACCCGGACUGACGUGUUAAACCGUUUAUGCUAACUUGAAUUGUAUAUGUUUUGUAAGUUAUAUUGGUGCAUAUCAUGUUGUAUGUAAAGAUAGAGUUAUGAUCUAAUACCGGACUAAAUGUGAUAUUCCGCAGUCUGUCCGCCUCUUCCCGCUGGUGAGAGGAUAAUUCUAUAAGAGAAAAUAUCUUAUUGCUUUC